AUGGCAGUCGAACAGGCGAAGAAGAAGCGGCCCAACAAGGGUGCUAAGGAGCCGGUUAGACUCUAUGUUCGUGGCAUAGUUCUCGGCUACAAGAGGUCAAAGGUGAAUCAGACGCCUUCCCGGUCUCUGCUGCAGCUGGAAAACGUGAAGACGAGGAAGGACACAGCCUUCUACCUCGGAAAGAAAGUAGCCUACGUGUAUAAGGCGAAGACUGAAAAACAGGGCACCAGGUUUAGGACCAUAUGGGGAAAGAUCUGCAGACCACACGGAAACAGCGGUGUUGUACGUGCCCGCUUCAGGAAGAACCUGCCUCCCAAGUCUUUUGGAGGCCGCGUGCGCGUGUUCCUGUACCCUUCCAACAUAUGA